AUGGAGUCACCAUCCAAACAUCAACUCUCUCCGACAAGAACACCUCUUUCUCCCUCAAAAAAUCCUCUCUUUCCCGUAUCUCCUGAACGAACCAAUCAACAAAAACUAGCAGCCUCCUUCUCUGUCCCGUCCGACCUCGGUCAGAAAUCGUCAGACGUGCGAGAAAAAAUCGCUUUUUUGAACAACCUGUCGCGAGCCGGUAGCCCGGCAGCCACUCCACAACAUGUCUCCUCCACUAUGUCAUCAAGUUCAGCUGCUCUCCAAAGGGCGAUCUUGGGACGGGAGGAGGCAGAAUCGGCUCUUGCCAACGCCAAUGCUAUGCUUUCCGAAGCACAAGCCCGAGAAAGACGAAUCAGCGAGAGGCUCGAAUCGUUACUAGAAGAGCUACAAACAACCAGAGAACGCCAAGCACAUGAACGAACCGUUUUUGAGAAAGAAGUCCGAAAAGCACGCAAGGAAGCAUUCCGCGCUGGAUCAAUGCUUGUUAAAGCACAGGAGGAAUUGAAAUUGUCAAAAGGGGAAAUCAAAAAUAUAAGGGACGAACUACGAGCGGAGCGGGAGUCCAAGGAAAGGGCCAAACAAGAGGCAUUCGAGCGCGCAUAUGCAUUGGCUGGAAUGUCAGAGGAGGUUCAAUCUUUGAAGGACCAACUGCGCGCUACGGAGUCAAACAAUCAACAAAGCAUUCUGGAAUCUCAAGUCAAUGAACUGGAACAGAGCGUGAAUAAACCAGCUUAUACCGAUCAGGCAACAUGCACGACACCUACAUCGAGAAGGCCAAAACGAAGCGUAGAUGCAUUGGAACUUCUCCAAACCGCGCAAGGACCAGAACAAGACGCACACAGUGAAGAAACGCCUACGAAGAAAAUGAGAUUAUCACGACGGGCCUCGAACAAAGAAAACCUACAACCGGAAACCUUGGAAGCUCAAGGAGAUCUCAUCGCCGAUUUGCAUACAGAAAUCAAAUCUGAGCAACGAAGAAGAAGAAAGGCCGAGGAUAUGGUUCUCUUCAUGAAGUUGGAGUGUCAAUUCAAACGUUGCUCAUGCCGGAUCGCCGAAAGUCUGGGACAGAAGUACGUCCAUGACAAAGAAUGGGACGAGGCCAUGCGAGAGGAGGAUCUACAUAUUGAAGAACAUAUUGAGGAACACAUUGAAGACGACGUUGAAGAACACAUUGAAGAUCACGUUGAAGAGCACGUUGAAGAGCUUGUUGAAGAGGAAGAAGAGCCAGAACAAAAUGCCCGCGAGUCAACACCUGCCACAUCAGCACACUCGCCACUUGUGAGCCCAGUGUCUGCCAUGACACCACCUACACCACAUUAUCAAGAGGCGACGGAACCAAAAAAGGCUGCUCGUCCAGCAAGGCAGUCAUCGGUUUCAUUCGAUGAAGAAACAGGCACGUUUGUCCAGGUCUCGUCACCACACGCUUACAUGUAUGACCGACCUAGUGAGGGGCCCCUCGUUCUCCCGAACGCUGAUGAUGAUGACGAUGACGACGACGAUGUUGAGGAUGACGUCGAAGUUCCGCAUGGAAGCCCUGCUGUAAGAUUGAUGGAGAUGCAGAUGCAGAUGCAGACAGAAGAGGUCGUGUCACACCAGCCUUACGAAAUCGCUGUUGAAGAGCAGGAGGAACCGAUUGCCUACGACCAACCCUUAGAAACCCUUCGCUAUACUGAACCUCCCGCGGAAAUCGUCACUUCGGUCACCCGCAAUCCUAUCUUACCACCACACCGAUCAUCCGAAAGACAACUCACCACACCAAUCGACCAAAUCACCGUUAUCAAAGAAGAAACCAUCGCAAAAACAGUCCCAAUUCAAUUUGAAUCGCGACACGCCCGCAAUCCAAUGGACAUCAUACCAGGAACACCCCUAACUCGAGAAGAAGCAUUAGCCCAGAUCCGAGCACGUAGAGGCCGAACCCAAAAUGGCACACAACGAUCAGUCAGCGCCAAUGAGGCUACAACUCGUGGUGGCAGUUCCAGUGGAAUGAAAGGAGGAUCCGCACAACGUAUUCCCGGUGUCAAGCACUCAGAUACAAGGAGCGAGGCGGACCUCAAAGAACGGAGAUCAGCGCCUGUGUCGCGACGAUACUAG